UGAACAGUAUGAGAUCCAGUAAAGAAGAUCUGAGAUCACGGCGCGUCAAGACGCGUGCGGUGCGUUAAAGAGAGAGAGAGAGAGACGCCGUGGAGGAUCAGAGACCCUCAGUGAUGCUCACAUGCAUCUGAUAUUAUAGUGAAUUAUUAUGGGAAUUCAUUAACGCUCGUCCCCGAUCCACGUGCGCGCUCUUGAAUAACACUCGCGAUUCCGUUUCCUCGGCUGGGAAUAAACUUUCACAUUCCGGUUGUUAUUUAUCAUCCUUUAUUCAUAAGGACAAAGCGGAUCUGGUGGAUCACAGGCUUGAGUGGCAGAAAUGAGGGAGAGGUUCGCGUUUCAUCUUCUCAUCUUCGUGUUGACGCUGUUUUGGCACACCAGGUCAGUGUCCGCAGAUGCCACAACAGAUGCCUUCAAAAAUAACAUCACCCUGUUCACACGCAUCCUGGACCGCCUGCUGGAUGGCUACGACAACCGGCUGAGACCCGGACUGGGAGAUCGAGUUACCACAGUGAAGACAGACAUUUACGUCACCAGUUUUGGCCCUGUUUCAGACACCGACAUGGAAUACACCAUUGAUGUCUUCUUCAGGCAGAGCUGGAAGGAUGAACGGCUGAAGUUUGAGGGACCGAUGAACAUUCUGCGUUUGAACAAUCUGAUGGCCAGUAAGAUCUGGACUCCAGACACAUUCUUUCACAACGGGAAGAAAUCUGUCGCGCACAACAUGACCAUGCCCAACAAACUGCUGCGGAUCCAAGAUGAUGGCACCCUGCUGUACACCAUGAGGUUGACGGUGCAUGCAGAGUGUCCGAUGCAUCUUGAAGAUUUCCCUAUGGACUUCCACUCCUGUCCUCUCAAGUUCGGCAGCUAUGCUUACACAACAACAGAAGUGACGUACACCUGGACAAAGAACGCAUCCAAUUCUGUGGUGGUAGAAGAGGAAAGCUCUAGAUUAAACCAGUAUGAUCUGCUGGGACAAACAGUGGGGAACGAAACCAUCAAAUCAAGCACUGGUGAAUACACUGUUAUGACGGCCCACUUCCACCUGAAGAGGAAGAUCGGUUAUUUUGUGAUUCAGACAUACCUGCCGUGCAUCAUGACCGUCAUCCUGUCCCAGGUGUCCUUCUGGCUCAACCGAGAGUCUGUUCCAGCCCGGACUGUUUUUGGUGUGACUACUGUACUGACUAUGACCACUUUGAGUAUCAGCGCCCGCAACUCCUUGCCGAAAGUCGCCUAUGCCACAGCCAUGGACUGGUUCAUCGCAGUGUGUUACGCCUUUGUCUUCUCCGCCCUGAUUGAGUUCGCCACAGUCAACUACUUCACCAAGCGCGGCUGGGCUUGGGAUGGCAAGAGCGUGGUUAAUGACAAGAAAAAGGAAAAAGCUUCAGUCAUCAAGAAGAACAACGCCUAUGCCGUCGCCGUGGCGAACUACGCCCCCAACAUCACCAAGGACACCGUCCUGCCCACCAUUGCCAAGGGAAGCGUAGCCGAACAGGGAAAGGCCAAAGCCGAUGGGAAACCGGCCGAGGCGAAGAAAACCUUCAACAGCGUGAGUAAAAUUGACCGCAUGUCCCGCAUCAUGUUCCCGGUUCUCUUCGGGACAUUCAACCUGGUUUACUGGGCGACGUAUUUGAACAGAGAACCCGUGAUCAAAGACAUGAUGCCCUCUUAUUAGACGGUAUCCAGGGUUGCAACGGGUUCCACUAAGCAGGACUAAAGACUAGGCCAAAACCACCCAGGGACUGAAUAUAAUCACGCUCCGAUGCUCUAUCCCAUCUGCUCCACACAGACGUGUCGUGGAUUGUUGCAAGAUGCCUUUCUAUCUCUCUCUCUAUCUCUCGUCGCUCUUUUCUACAGCUUUUUCAGCAGUGCUUUUGAAAUGACAUUUGCCUUUGUAAAUAUGUACGUAGUGAAAAUGAAAAUGACGUGUUAUGUUUGUGUUUCGCUCUGUGAGAAUCUGACUUUGGACCUCUAUCUGUGAUAUAGACUAGCAAAUUAUAGUGAUUUAUUUAUUUAUUUAUUUAUUUAUUUAUUUAUUUGAUGUAAAAGUUCAAUCUUUUUGUGAUGGUGCUUGUUUUUGAGUAGCCUAUAAAUAUAUUUUCUUUAUAAGACCAAGCUCUUUUGUGCAGAUGGUCUGAUAUUUUGUGCUGGGCCCAUACACAAAAAAAAACAAAAACAUAUGAGAUCAACCGUUUACACACUUUGCUGUAUCUUUACCGUCUGUGAUUUUUUUUUAUUUUGUUCUAUUGAACCAGGAAUGUUCCUUUUAGCAGCAUUUUGGAAGAUUUGUUUACUGUCAGAUUUUGACUACAUCCCUUUAUAAAGGUCUCUAAUGCAGCAGCAUGCAUCAGGGUUGUAUGGAAAGCUCAUUCAACCUGAACUUUGAAGUGAAGAAGAAACCACUAUUGCAUGCCAUAUUAUUUCCAUCAUGUCCUAUUUUUGAGUGAAAUUACUCAACAACAGCAACAAAACGCAAGCUGAGGUUUGAGCUAACCCAUUGGGAAUUUACAGUAUUCAGUUUUACUUAAAAACAAGACUAUCUGAUGUCAGCCACCAAGGCUAGAGCUGAAAGCAAAUUUUGAUCAAAGUCAAUGAUGAAAGAUUAGGAAUACAUAUUAUUUAGGCUUAAAAGAAACGGCUAACCCAAAUAUUAAAAAUGAUUUGAUUAUUAUUUAUGGAUAUCAAUUUAUGGAUUAUUACUGUGACGUUUUAAUCAGCUGUUUGGACUCUCAUUCCAUGAUGGUACCCAUUCACUGCAGAGUGAACUUAAAAACUAUUUUCUAGGCAUAGUUUUUCUUUAUUAUUUUUAAAUUGCAUUUUAAUGACCCCGCUAUAAAAACAGCAAGUUGAGCUUUCCUCACAUCCUUUCAUCAAAGAUGAAGUGCAUCAUUUUUGAUGUUCAAAUACUUCCUCCUUGUCCAGGUUUAAUGUGAAAACCCCAUUAUAAGACAUCUGGAUGUUGCCUUCUUAAAGAGUGAAAACACUGUGGCAUUGUGGCACUUUAAGAACUUUAAGCAGCCGGAUAUGGGCGGGGCUAUUUGUUUUCCAACCAAUGGCAGACAGGGAGUGUUUGGAAACAAUCUGUUUGGUGCCGCUAAUGAUGCAGAAAUGACACACUUCAUCUUUCAUGCUGGAGCUAAGGAAAUUAGUGAACAUGUUAAAAAAUUAUAAUCAUGGAGAUUUCAUGUUCAGUAGUUUUCUUCUUUUGCCACUGUGCUUUCCUGUAAUUGAACUCUUACAGACAAUUAUUUUUUUGGACCAAAAGACCGAAGUGCUUCAACUACUGCAUGUUUACUACAAUCGUUUACCCUCUAAAACAAAGCUAAAUAUUCCUAAAAUUCAGUGUGUUGCAAAAUAUGAUGCAUCAUAUAAAUGUAACUGACUGAAUUCUGCAAAUUUCAAUUGCCUGUCACAGAGUAGACAACUUUUUUUUUUGUAUAUAUGUAAGGAAUAUUUGUUCAUGUAGGUGUUGUUAUACACUUGUGUGUGAUUUACCAUGAGCCUGUUUUAUGUUGUCUGUUUGUACAGUUUUAUACACAGAAAAAAACUGCAUUGCAGAGAUUUCAGGCAGGCUUUUAAGUUAUUCAUUUUAAGGGAAAGAUGUAUGAUGUUCAUUUUAAGCAUGCUGCAGCCUUUAUGGCUCUAUAGAAAAUGAUCAAAGUGUUUCGGAAUGGUAUACAUUGUUGUUACACUUAUUUAUUACUAUUUAUUAUUGUUAAUUUGUUCAUCAUUAUAAAAAAAUAUUUUCUAAUGUUUAGAGUUCAUAUCAAAGCGUCAAUAUGUUUUUCAAUAUUUUUAGCUAAAAUUGAUUUAACAGUAUAUUUAUUGAAAUGUAUACGUGUUCAUUUAUUCUCUUUAUUUCUCGACGCUAACAUAUUGAAUCUUUUUUUUCUGUGUGAUUAUCAUAUGGUUUUGAAGCUCUGCUUUAAAUUUCACAUUGCUUUGAUUGUAUUAAAUGAUGGUUGCAUCUUUGUUAUGCAGAAACUGUUUGAGCAAUAAAAAAAAAAAAGACGUGGUGACAUGUAAACUUCCUGGCAUGGAAAAGAGCUUUCCACACACAGAAUGUAUAGUUCUCUGUCAUUGUCCUUCUGAAAGACGAUGCAAAUACAUCUGAAUGAAACAUUCAUGUGCCGGCGGUUCAUGUUCUCAGAUGGGAUGUUGUGAACAGAAUGUCUGAAUAUAAUAGGUGAUUUUUCUUCAUAGGUGUUACAACUUAUAAGCUUUUAAUGACGGCAUUAUUAUUUAAAAAUGUGAUCUCUUUUACAUGGUGCUCUAAAUGCGUAUGCUGUUAUUAUGUUGGUAUUUUUGUGUGCUUUUGGAAGGUUUACAGACAUGAUUGCUAUGAAACUACACGAGGACCUUUCAGAAAGUCUUCUUUUCACGCACUUCAGAAAAAAAUACCAGCAUACGGAUUUGGAACAACAUGAGGGUGAGUAAGUGACUGUAUAUUCACUCUGGGUGAACUAUUCUUUUAAUGGAAAAUGUGAGUUGUAUCCUUUUAUGAAAUGAAUCACCAAGACCAGCUAAGUUCUCACUAAUGUCUGUUAUCAUUCUGUAUAAUGAAUAUGUUGUUUCCUAUAAUGUAAAUGUGAAUUUAGGCACACAACCAACAACUGAACCGCUUAAGUCCUUUAAGUGCUGGGACUCGAUUUCUAAAUAUUGGUACUUUCUCUUUCAAACAUCAUUCUACUUACUCUUUCAGCAGCUUCUUGCUAAAUAAAGAACUAGAACAAAUA